AUGAUCCAUCCAAUACACGUGACGGUACCUCGUGCUUCCCGUGACUGCAACUCAGCCUUUUCCGCUUUGGGGCCAGCUGUCUCGCGGUGGAGUCGGAGCGCGUCUCUUCCGUCCAGCGAUCAACGGAGUUGCUUGACCUGCCUUUCCCCCGCGGUGGUUGCUGGCUCCGAGAAAUAUGCUGCCGGCGCCGAACCAUGGACUUUGUAUGACCCCAGAAAUGCAAAUCGCAGGCUGCCAGUUUUGAGAAAAUGGUGGACGAAUGCUGAUUGUCUUCCCCAGUGGUCACGUCUCAUUGGCGGUUCCCGCUCGCUAUCCUCCCGAUCCCCCCGAACGACCUCCCCGGCUGAACGACUGGCGGCGUUCAAGCGGACAUGCAAUACACUGCAAGGAGCCUGGCAGCAAAUCUGGCGGACGAGUAAUGCUCCCACCGAGCUGGCCGCUACCAUUCAUGCCCGCAAUUGCAUCGACCGCCUCAAUGCUGUCCUCAGCGACGAAUCGCGGGGUCCCGCGCCUCAUCCUUGUCUCGCCUAUGCCUCCACAUCGCAGAUCUAUGUGACGGUCACGAAGCUGGCUCUGACCUACCGGGAUGAGGACUUGAUUGCCUCCGCCUCCGUCUUCUUUAACACCCUGAUCGACGCUGAGGUGGACGGCAUCGUCGACAGCCGGGUCUUUUCGAGAGCUCUGAUAGAUCUCGUCCGGAGAUCGGGAUCGGCCAUUGAGGAUGUCGAAGGGAGACUGGUAGAGCUGUUGUUUGGCGUUGCGAACAACAUCCGUCUGCAGCCCAGGAUCUUGCCCGCCUGGUUCGCACCCAAGCAGUCAUCGAACCGGGAGCAGCACCCCAUUACGGCGGAAAAAGGAUUUGCUGGGGCAACCAGGAAGGAUGACUUUCCUCUCUUUUAUCUGCUUGUCGACUAUGUCCAUCGCGAGGGCCGGGCCGGCGACUUUGCCCGGACGGGUCUGCUCUACUUGAUCGAGACGGCAACACGGUCUAAAGACUUGGAGAAAUGGCUUAUAGAAAGUGACUUGGCCACGCUUAUGGCAACGGGUUUAGGUGCUCUAUACAGUCAACUAAGCAGGCACUUAUCUUCGGCAUUAACAGAGGAUAACAUGCCUACGAUCAUCGCCCUGUCUGACGAAAGUAGUUCCCGGGCUGCGGUCAAGCCCUACAUGGGGUCAGACAUGGAUGCGUUCCUUUCCUAUCUGCUGUUCUGGCAGGAUACCAUCGACCAUUGUCGGUCCGCCGAAGUCAACGAUACCUUGUUGGACCACUUUCAAGUGCUAUUUUUGGAGCAGCUUCUCUACCCCUCUCUCCUCGAAUCAUCCGACGUCGAAGGCGGCUCAACGUCGGCAGUCCUGACGUAUCUUCACCGAAUGUUGGAAGUGAUCGACCAGCCGGAACUGAUUCAUCGCAUCCUCCAUUAUCUGCUCGCCUCUCCAUCCGAUUCACAACCGACUGUCGAUGCGGCACCAUCUCAGAAGGAUAUGUCAGUUAGCCGGAGAAAGUCCUUGGACCUGCUCGCAGCGUUUGCGGAGGAGGCUGCUAAACCGUCCCCGUCUCUCUUUAACCUGGUAGACUUGAUUUUAAUGAGCAUCAAAUCGCAGAACCGAGAGACCGUUGUCGCUACGCUGAGGCUGUUGACGGUGAUCUUGCGCAGGCACCAUUCCUUCGCAGGAUCGUUGAUCAAGACGUGUCCUCCGGUCCGGGAUACCCGGCGGACGGUGGGCGCGUUGAACGCGGAAUUGCGACAAUUGCUGUCACUGGCCACCUCGAUUGUUGACGACCCUUCCAUAGACGCAUCGUACGACAAUUACCUGAGAGAUGCCGCGCUGAUUGUCGAGUCUCGCCUAUUUAUUGCUCCCUCGCCGGGUACCAGCGUUGCGGACGGACCGGCUGACCGACCGCUGGAUGUCAGAACGGACGAUCUCAUCUUCAAGGAGCUGCUGAGCUUGUUGGAAAACUUUUUCACCAACAGUGUUGUGGUAAACCUGGCGUUGACGGAAGUGAUCACCAGCCUUGCCUCUUCCAACUUGGUGUCUCUUGAUGGCUGGCUGCUUGUCGAGCCGUCCAACUACGAAUACAAGGCGGAUGCAACGCCGCGGUCGCGGGUUGUGUUCUCCGAGCCGGAUGGCAAGACAAAGACGCCCGAGUCAGGCAUUGAAGAUCUUAUAGCAGUUGUCAAGCAAGCGCACGCAGAGCCCACUUGGUCGAGCGAGAACACACCUCCGAUUCCGAAAGUCCUGCGGCGGCUGGUCGGAUAUAUCGCACAAUGGCGACGUGAUAUGCCCGAUUUUGACGUUCUCGUGGCUGCACGGCGGGAGCUUCUUCACAGUGAUGACCAAGCAGGCACCGACCGAUCGGCCAAUGCGUCUCGACAGCCGUCCGAGCCUCCGACGACGCGCACGUCUAUGGAACGUCCUUUGCAGCGUAACGCACGGGCUGAGUAUGAGUCCGGUUCACCGCGGGGACGGAGUACACGGCCUUUGGAUGAGGGUCCAUCUUCGAUGUCUCCGCGCAGCGUCGGGUCACCUUUGCGCGAGGCCGCAACCGACUCGCGAACGCCGUCCAAGCCGCGGCCCGUUAUCGCUGAAGAUCUGCGUCGACGGCUGGCGACGCAGUUCUGGAUUGACAGCACGGGUCGGUUGGUGUCUGAGGAGGGAGCUAAGGUGGUUGACGGCGAGCCUGCUGGGGAUGCAUCUCCAGAAGCGGCUAGGAAGGUGACGCUUGGGCACAUUCUCACUAACGCCGUGAUCCUGCAAGAGUUUAUCUUGGAGCUCACUGCACUGGUGCAGGUGAGGGCGACAUUGUUCGAGGAGGCGGGCUACCUGAUGAAUCCGACAGUAGACAACUUACAGCUGCAAGAACUCUAG